AUGCCCUAUGUUUCAAACUCGCCUCAGUACAUCCCAUGGAUUUCCGACUACCAAAAAAAUGACUAUUUGUUAGUUUCCAUUGCUACUGCGGUCCUCUAUGACUAUAUUCUUCGACUAGAUCAAGAAAAACGUAAAGUAUCGCUCAUGACCUGGUGUUAUGUAUUUGUAGCUAAUAUAGAGCAGCUUCGAUAUGUCGGCCUUCUCUAUGCUAUCAUGUCAGGUAUCUAUUUUAUAUUUCCGAUAAGACGUAAGGAGUUUCCCGUGGUUUGCGAAGGGCUGUAUAUAUUUAUCGAUGAAAUACUCCAGAGUACCUUGACAAUAGCACUGCAAGCUGCGAUGACUACUCGGGUUUGUGCGCUUUACGAAAACUCCAAGAAAACAGUAAUUUUCCUUGCGGCAACAUUCGUCAUUCUGCAGUUGUGUUACGGGGUGUUAAACCUUUUUGAUUACAUACUACCCUAUGGUCAAUCUUCUCAAGAGGCUAUUGUACUUGGCUGGCACAUCUGUGGAAUCUUCAAUGGGCCAUCUAACAUUGUAUACCAGUGGAUGAUCCCGGUUGCUAACGGGCUGCUCAUGACGUAUGAGCUGACACUCAUUGUUAUGAUUGUAUACCGGUCCAUUAUGCAGCUGAAGGAACACAAAGAACUGCGGUCGUUUGGAGUCAAGGGAAUUAUGCGCCUCAUCAUUCGGCAUGGGUUGCUGUAUUUCUUUUGGUUUCUCACUUGGGGGAUUACCAACACACUGGCAACCAACGGGGCUCAUUUAGCGGUCGUAGAAAUUAUGGUUUUUGAAGACUUAGCACCGGCUCUGCAAGUAUUGCUGGUUUCAGCAGCGGGGCCAUGGUUCAUUCUUGCUAUCCGUGAUCCAUACGCUGGACGGGUGGAUGGGAUGCAUGGCAUGACGACAAAUCAAACUGCAGAUACUUCUGUCGCUUUUGCAAGACCGUCGACUAACGCCGGGACCAAUGACCCAGAGGCUCUGUCUUAG